GGAGAUAUUGACAUUGACUGCGGCGGCAAGUCAUCGUAUUGACAAAAUCGCUGAAGGGGGUGUGGUUGUUUGAUGAUAGCUUAUCGUAAAGGUCGCAAACAGUGUAAUUUACCCAAUUAUCACUAUGAGAUAGUAGUUAAAAAUAUGUUAUUUGUACGUUCUAGUGGGGGGAAUCGCUGGGGCAUUGAUCGUGCUGAUACUCCAAGCACGCUAAGGUAUAAAUAACACUCAGUUCAGGCUACUUCGCAGUGUAGUAGUAACCUGCUGAUCGGAUUCAAGGCUAUUUUCAUCACACUUUUUGCAUACGUUUACACGCUCUCAUGGAAUCGUGGCACCUCUACAAUCCCGCUCUGGGCUUAGGCGCCAUAGCCAAGAUUCGACUCUCCAUUAACGAAAACGUAGAGGGCGCCCUGCAGGAAGUCGGACGGCAUGUUCUGAAAGAUACGGUAGUAGUAAACGAAAUCGAAAACCUAAUCUUUCAGUCUCACGCUGCAGACGACCCGUGGCAAUUCGCCCCAUUCAAGAAAAUUAAACACCUCUACCUAGACUGCAAUCGAGAGGUGCUAUCCGCCGGUUUGCUGGACGGAUUGGACGACUUGGAAGGGAUCUACAUUCCCGGCAACAGGUCGUUGAAGACCAUCCAGCCUGGGUUCUUCAGCGACAAGAAAAACCUGAAAAGGGUGGUCAUCAACAAUGGGAAGCUGCAACUGGAACUGGGCACCUUUAGAGGAAUGCCCAAUCUGAAGGAGCUCGAUUUGAGAGGAAACCAAAUCGAAGACCUCCCCGUGGGUUUAUUUACCGACGUACCCGACGUAGAGAAGCUGACACUGGCUCACAACAACAUCAUGAGCUUGCCCACGAAGAUCUUCUACGGACUUCCUUUCCUGAACGACCUCGACCUCAGUUGGAACCACUUGGAGUCGUGGAACGACGAGGCCUUCUCCUACGUGAACAUGCUCCUCCGCCUCAACAUCAGCAACAACGACAUAAACCGGCUAAUUCCGGCCUCCUUCAAGAGGCUCAACUCUCUCCUCGCGCUCCACCUCGACGGGAACUACCUCGAGAACUUGGAGAAGGACAGCCUUGUCGGGCUGCCGCGUCUGGGCCAUCUCAGCGUGAACAACAACAUGCUGAAGAAGAUCGACACCUUGACUUUCGACUACGUCAAGGCGCUCGGCGUCUUACUCUUGGAAGGUAACGACAUCGCCUCGCUCGGCUCGGAAGCGAUCAACGAUUUGGUCACGUCUCUGCGCGUGGAGGAAGACUGGUGCGUCGGCCUGCACUCGCUCACCGAGCUGGACCUGAGCGGAAAUAAGAUCAGGCACAUUCCCGCGAACGCCUUCGACUCCGCCAGGGCGCUGUCCAAGUUGAAUCUGCGCGACAACCUCAUCGAGAGCAUCGAUCCGAGGGCGUUCGAUAACGUUUUCAAGCUGAAGUCUCUGGACUUGUCGCGUAACAGACUGCCGCGACCCCCCAGCAAUAGCUACGGUGACCUCUGCUCCGUCGCCGUCCUCAACCUGUCGAAUAAUCGAAUCACGAGCAUGGGGAGGAACUCGCUGGUCGCGUUUCGAGGUGUCCGAGACCUGGACAUUUCCGGAAACCCGGUGGAGUCCAUGGAGCCGGACACGUUCUUCUUCAACCGGAAGCUCGCCAAUCUACGCGUCAGCUUUAGCUGUUCACGUGCGGCUACUUCGUGGUUGGACGCCGUCGGCCUGACCAACGAGUACCUGCCCGAGCGUUUGAGGAAUUCGACCAGAAUCAAAGCCGAGAGUGAUGAUGGUAGCACGCAUAUCGAAAUUCGUGCGAGUUUACCGACCGAGGAAUGGAAUAAAUGUGAUAGCAUUAUCAAGUUCAAGCAGCUAGUUACUAACUUGAUGUAUUAGGUUUACGCAAUAAAACAGUCAUUUCGAAAUUCA